AGAAGGCCUAUAAACGAAGUUCGCAUUUAACGCUGAGCUACAGUUUUCAACAGCGCUUACUGGGUAGAUCGGUCCCUCCGCUAAAAUGGCAAAUACUGCUUUGUUAAUUUUCGUUUUUGUUACCUGUAUCUUUUCAGCAAUUGCGGUCCCCUGUACCACGUCACUGGACUGUCACGACCCUGACGGCCGCACGCUGUGCCAAGCCUGGACAGGGAAGUGCAUUAAAAAUGUCCCUUGUAACAAAAAUGGGGACUGCUAUUUUUAUGCUGAGAAUGACGUCACGUACCUGGGGGCUGUACACCAGUGUUUUAAAGACGACAGCUCAUCCGUAAACAGACCUGAGGGUUACGGCACCUGUAUGAUUAACGCCAUGAUGGGUAAGGGCCACGAAAAGCUCCCCGGUCCUGAGAAGUACUUCCCCCAGCGUGCGCCAGUGACCAGGUACCGUGGAGCGCUAGGACGCUCUAGUUAUGGGAGCUUUCCCCAGCCAGAGGCAAUGCGUGUAUCCGAACGGCGACCGCCUCCCGAAUUUCUCUCCGCUACUCCGCUGAAUUUGGGCAGCUCGUGAAAAUUAUACGUUUAAAUAUGCUGUUUUAUCAUUAAUAUUUUGAUUCUGAUAAUAAAGAAACUGUUAUAAAUAC